AUGACUCGGACUCGAGUUCUCUCCUGCUUGCGUGUAGGAUGUAGUACUGCUGGCAGCCAAGCCGGCACGGGUGGUAUUGGAGUAAAUGCAACAAUGUUUGGGGCUCAGACAAUCUGUCCGGAAUCUUCUACUCCCAAUGCUAUUGCUGGAAGUUGUGCUUGGGUUACUGGUGGCGUUUUUACCUCAAUCUCUGCUGCUGCCCAGCAUAAUUUCACUACUGCUAAAGAACUGAAAAUAAAACUGGUUAAACGAAAAACUCCCUGUCUCGCAAUGGAACUGCAACAAGUGUGUCUUGUUUUUUUAUCUGAUGGCUCAUUUUAUAGGCUGGAAUUUAUGUAUGUUACUUUAUAUAGCUAUUUAAAAUGUCUAGUAUUUUAUAAUGUUAAUGCUUUGAUAUUAAUAGGAUAA